CCGCGGUGCCGCCGCUCCCGCCCGGAGCCGCCCCCGGCGCAGCGCAGCGCAGCGCAGGGCGGGUCCCGGCGCAGAGCCGCUGCCGGGAGCGCUGGGCCCGGGCAGCCGCCGCGCCUGCAGCUCUCGGCGGGGCCAUGCGGAUGGCGGUCGGUGCGGCGGCGGGCGAGGGGGCGGCGCAGAGCCCCGGCCCGGCCGCCGUGUCGCUGGGCUUGAGCGUGGCCGUGGUCUCCAGCCUGGUGAACGGCUCCACCUUCGUCCUGCAGAAGAAGGGGAUCGUGCGGGCCCGCGGGAGAGGUACUUCAUACUUAACUGAUAUAGUAUGGUGGUCUGGCACUAUUGCAAUGGCACUGGGUCAAAUAGGGAAUUUCUUGGCCUACACUGCAGUCCCAACUGUGCUAGUGACGCCCUUGGGAGCUCUUGGCGUUCCAUUUGGGUCCAUCUUAGCUUCUUACCUGCUGAAAGAGAAACUGAAUAUUCUUGGCAAGCUGGGAUGUUUACUGAGCUGUGCUGGGUCUGUCGUUCUCAUUAUCCAUUCCCCGAAGUCCGAGAGUGUAACGACUCAGGCUGAGCUUGAAGAGAAGCUUACAAAUCCAGUUUUCGUGGGUUAUCUCUGCAUAGUGCUGCUAAUGCUUCUCCUGCUUAUCUUCUGGAUAGCUCCAGCUCAUGGACCUACUAAUAUUAUGGUUUACAUCAGUAUUUGCUCUCUGUUGGGCAGUUUCACUGUUCCCAGCACAAAAGGCAUUGGGCUGGCUGCUCAAGAUAUCUUUCACAAUAACCCAUCAAGUCAAAGGGCUCUGUACCUCUGUCUGGUACUUCUGGCAGUAUUAGGAUGUAGCAUUAUCAUUCAGUUCAGAUACAUCAAUAAGGCACUGGAGUGUUUUGACUCCUCUGUGUUUGGUGCCAUCUACUAUGUUGUGUUUACCACCCUAGUCCUGCUGGCUUCAGCCAUCCUUUUCAGGGAAUGGAGUAAUGUAGGAGUCGUAGAUUUUUUGGGCAUGGCUUGUGGAUUCACCACAGUGUCUAUUGGAAUUGUUCUUAUACAAGUCUUCAAGGAAUUCAACUUCAAUAUUGGAGAUUUAAACAAACCUAACAUGAAGACAGAUUAAAAUAUUUUUGAGGGGAAACUGGAUGGCUCAGGGAAGGAUGCAGAGCUGUUCAUUUCUAGGUCACUAUUUCAAAUAGGAUCCAGGUUGGUAACUACCCUCUGAGAAUUUGGUGGCCUAUGUGAAAUGAACUGGAGGCCUCCAUCCAGUUUCAAAGGAACAGCUGUCCAUGUAACCCAGUCAACACAAUAAACGACCUUAAUUUGAACUAC